AUGACAACCGCAUACAUUACAGACAACAACGGUGUCCCAUUACUAGCUGAUGCAACCCCAAAUAAGAUUGCAAAUCCUUUUGAUUAUGGAGCUGGAUUUAUUAAUCCGACUCAUGCAAGUGGUCCUGGACUUAUAUACGACAUCGAUGCUUCAGAUUACCAGAAAUUGUUCAACUGCAUGCUUGGGUCAGAUACAAACAGUAGUUGUAUAGCAACACAGAAAUCUUUGUUUGACCUAAAUCUCCCAUCAAUCGCCAUCCCAAAUCUCAAGUCAUCGGAAACAGUAUCAAGGACUGUCACCAAUGUGGGCCAAGUUGAUUCUGUGUAUAAAGCAUUUGUUGAGCCCCCUGCUGGAGUUGAUAUGCUGGUCAAACCUAUGGUGUUGGUGUUUGGCAAGGAUACAAGCUCACAGUCUUUCAAGGUGAGCUUCAAGGCAACACAAAAGAUCCAAGGUGAUUACUCAUUUGAUAAUUUGGUGUGGCACGACGGAGGCAGCCAUUGGGUACGAAUCCCGAUAGCGGUUCAUGUUGUUAUCGAUGAUCUCUAUUCAACCGUCUCCUAA